UGUCGAUAUGCACUACGUCGAAGACUCAAAAGAGGCGGGCAGCAACUAAGCUCUAAGAGACGUAAUUCUUCAUAUCUCAAGUUGGCGCCUCCUAUCGACGACGAUAAUUUGCCAAAUAAGGAAGGGAGAAGAAGUGUGAAGUUUAUUUUGGACCUACCCAAAAAGGAAAGUGUGAAUUUUAUUUGGGACCGGAGGGAGUAUUAAUUUAAUAUGAUGCUAGGGCUCCCAAUAGGAUCCGUGUGGAGUUUCACACACAGGCUGCCAAAAAAAACCCACAGGACUACAUCGCCUUAUCUUUGAACUGAGAGGACAGGCACAAGGAAGAAAUGGCAGUUGGGGUGUUAGCUUUACAGGGGUCUUUUAACGAACACAUAUCAGCUCUGAGGAGGCUUGGAGUGAAGGGAGUAGAGAUAAGGAAGGCAGAGCAGCUGCAGAGCAUCUCCUCCCUCAUCAUCCCGGGCGGUGAAAGCACCACCAUGGCUAAAGUCGCAGAGUUUCACAACCUGUUUCCCGCAUUGCGUGAAUUUGUGAAAACAGGGAAGCCAGUUUGGGGAACUUGUGCAGGCCUAAUUUUCUUGGCAGAUAAAUUAAUCGGGCAGAAAUCCGGAGGGCAGGAACUGAUUGGUGGUCUUGAUUGCACUGUACAUCGCAACUUUUUUGGAAGCCAGCUGCAAAGCUUCGAGACAGAGCUUGCUAUUCCAAAGGUUGCAGCCAAAGAAGGUGGUCCCCCGACGUUUCGUGCUGUUUUCAUUCGUGCGCCUGCAAUUCUGCAAGUUGGUCCAGAUGUUGAAAUUCUGGCAGAUGUUCCAUUCCCAUCCACAAAAACUGUGGAUUCUCAAUCUUGUACUCAAGACCAACAACAGUUUAAACAGGAAUCUCUUGCGCCUGAAGAGAGAGUGAUUGUUGCUGUAAAGCAAGGGAACAUGCUAGCUACUGCUUUUCACCCUGAACUAACUGCUGAUUCUCGGUGGCAUAGUUACUUCUUGAAAAUGGUGCCUGAAGAUGGAGAAGGAGCUUCAAGUAUCAUCUCAACUGUUGAUUUACGACCAAGAACUGAGCUUCCAGUAUUUCAAUAGGAUCAAAUAGUAAAAGCAUUGCUAUGAAAUUGUGACUUUUUUGGGGGGUAGUAUUUAUGUGUUUUGCAUAUGCUCAGAUGAUUAUUGUAUCUUUGGGAAUCUCCUUAGUGGAACAUAUAUGUACUCUUCUUAAAAUUCUUAAAUUUAUUAAUUGCUGUGUUUUAAUAAAAAGGGGAAGCGCCAAAAUCUGGCUGUUUACUUGAGUUCAACAAAUAUGAUUUUCACUAUUACGCAAGAGA